AUGCCAUACUUGUACUCAUUCGAUAUGAAACAGUGCUUUGCAAAAAUGUGCUCAGCUGAGAAGCUGGUAAAGCAAAAAUACGCUAAAGCACUGCAGCCAACAAGAAGAUUCGGCGGGCUUGUCCUUAGCCCAAAGGGCACACAGACGGUCUCUCCAGCUGAUAGAAAAUAUAUUGAAAAAUACGGUCUUGCCGUUGUGGAUUGCUCGUGGAAUAGAUUGGAGGAGAUAAAUUUCAGCACGCUUCCUGCAAUGAGAAACAGACUGCUACCGUACUUAGUGGCCGCUAAUACAGUCAACUAUGGAAGACCGUGCAAACUGAACUGCGCAGAGGCUUUUUGUGCUGCUUUGUACAUCUGCGGAUUCAAAGAAGAUGCUGAAAAAGUUUUAGAGCCGUUUGCAUACGGCCCAGAAUUUCUCAAAAUAAACAGAGAUCUUCUCGAGGCGUACUCCAACUGCGCCAGUGCUGAGGAAAUUAUAAGUGUUCAAAAUGCUCAGAUUUCUGCUAGAAAAAAUAAAGAGUAA